AUGGCACUUCUAUAUAACGAAGGGUGUGAAAAUCCUGAAAAAGACAUUACCGAAUGUAAUGUGACUGCAUGUGUUUUACAUGGAAGUAAAUUUAUAUCGGUUGAGUGUCAUCCUGCAUUUAAAAAAGCUGUAAAAUAUUUUCAAAAAAAUUCUGGAGAUAAUGUUGAUGAAAAUAUAUUUGUACUUGAAAAUACCCCUUCACCUUAUAGAGAAGAAAACAAAAUAACUAUUCUUUCACAAGAUAACAAUAAAGAAAUUGUGUUACUAUAUGAAGUGAAUCCAACGAAUGGCUAUUCUUCAAGUUUAGUAUUUUUAUGUCGUUUUCGGAAUUUAAAACCAGGAUUAUCAUUAUGCCAACGAGUUGAUAAAGCUUAUAUAGGAAGACCUCUUUCAUAUAGGACUAUUGAUGUAGUUGAUAGAGAUAAUAAAAGUAGAUAUGAAAUUGGUUUAAAACAUAUAAACAAGAUUAGACAUUCAACUCGUAAAACAAGAUAUGAUGAUAUUUUUUUUAGUAAAGGUGCAUGUCACUUUGUAACAGAUGGAGGCACAUCAGAAAAAGUUUGUACAUAUUCCGUAUGCAAGAAGCAUCCUAAUGGUGGUGCAUUUUGUAAAGAUGCUAAAUUUAAUGGGAGAUUAUGCCAACUAGAAUCAUCUAAUGGGUCAAAAGAACCUACUAAAUUUAUAUAUCUUCCAAAUAGUUGUUUAAAUGAAAAUUCAAAUUAUUGUACCCCAUAUCUAUGUCAAUACGUGAAACCUAAUGAAUUAUAUCCAUGUAAUAAGUUAGAAAUUAGUUUGGUAAAAGAAUUAAUGCCACAUUCAAAAAGACUAGCAUUGGAAUAUAGACAGAAUAAAUAUAUGUAUAAUGGUGGUUAUAAUUCAUCUAGUCUUAUUGCAAUGUCUUUUUUUCCUUUCUUAAUUUUGUUUUUUUUUAUAGGAUGUUAUCUAUAUAAAAUAUUUAAAAGAAACAGAAAAAAAAAGAGAUAUUAUUCAUAUAAAGAACCAUAA